UCUUUGCCCGUGUUUCCAAUCGCACGCGAGUCCCAUCGCUGGCGCAGCUUCAUCGCUCCCGGAAGCUUGAGUGUCUGAGACAGUGUUGUUGAUCCGGUGUCUUGCGGACUACUUGCAGAUAUUGACCUCGCGGCCCCACACGAGCGCCAGCGUGAUCUCAAUUCUCGCGGAGACGCACACGAGGACACAGAGAGUGGUGGCAUUUAAUAAGGAUAUCCUGGGGAGGGAGAGUGUGAGUGCAGAAGCGGAGGAAAAAGUUGAGUGAUGAUGGAUGAGCAAACUGGACUCUCAGGUCCGACAUUCAACUGUGAAACAUGAUAAACAUAAUUAGUGCGGCACCGUAGAGCACAUGAGAAGUUGAGGUAGUGGCGCGGGAUUCCCUCAUUUUAAACAUCAAGUGAGUUAUGAUUUCCCCGUGGGAACUGUGGAUUUACCGCCACCACCUCUGUUGCUUCCGAUAAGGUUGUCCAGUGUGCACACCCUUCGAGCAACAAGCCCCGCGCUCGGUUUUUUUGCCCAGCAUCGCUGAAAGUCACCCAUGGGUCGGGGUGCAGAGCAUACGAAAAUGCUGAUAAAUUAUGCACUGAGUAAAGCACUGAAAGCGCUCUAAGUGAUUGGUCUGUGUGCUGAGAAAACUUCCAUCAAAGUAAAGAGGGUGUGAGCCGCGCAAACCCUCAAAGGUGGGAUAGAAGGAAGGAAGAAGAAGAAAAAAAAACGAGUGGAAAAUAAAAUGAGUUAUAGAAACUUUUCCGGUGGAGAAAGUUGAGACGAAAAGUCCAGUGGAUAAAUUCAACAGUCGUGCUUUUUUCCUCUCGCAGUGCGCGAAAAUUUUUUUGCCACGAUCCCCUCCAUCGUGUGUUUGUGUGCCACAAAGAGCACGCCAAGGAGUUGAAAUUUGAUCAAGUGCACUCACAGAAAAUGCAGUCACCUCUGUCGAACCUGAGGUGCAUCCUUCUGCUGCUCGUGAUAGCGACAGGUACAGCAUUAUCCUUGCGAAUAAUCCAAAUGAGUGUCCCGCCUGUGAUCAGGAGUGGUGACGACGGGAAUCUCAUGUGUCUGUACGACUUGGAAGGAGAGCAUCUCUACUCCACGAGGUGGUACAAAGGACGACGCGAGUUCUACAGAUACACGCCAAAGGAGAAUCCGGCGAAGAAGACUUUUCCAGUGCCAGGAAUUAAUGUUGAGAUAAGCAAGUCAAAUGCAAGUCACAUAACUCUCAACUCGGUGGAGCUCUCGAGUUCUGGCAGAUACAGUUGCGAAGUCACCUUGGAUGCACCAUCCUUCAUGACGGGAUUCAUAUCCAGUGAUCUGGAGGUUGUUGAAUUUCCACAGCAGCGACCAUCAAUAAGUGGCGCCAAAUUGAAGUAUCGAGUGGGAGACGUCCUCACAGCGAAUUGUUCAUCGAAACAAUCAAAACCAGCUGCCAAUCUGACGUGGACAAUAAAUGAUGCUCAAGCUAGUUCAUCCCACGUUCGACUGUACAAGCCAGUGAAGGAUGAGACAACAAAUUUGGAGACAUCAAUUCUUGGAGUACAUUUCCUUGUAGCGCGUCAGUAUUUUUUACAAGGAAAAUUGAAGAUUAAGUGCACCGCCCAAAUCUACAAUGUCUACAAUCAAUCCACGGAGCAAAUUCUGGAGGAGGAUCGACCGCAGGUGGUGGUGUUGUCGUCGGAUUCAUCGCCUCUGGGGCCGCCCAACGUCAACAUGGUCCACUCGCCGUAUGAUCAAUCUUCAUUGCACGACGAAAUCGAGAACGAUGCAUUCAUGACGCACAUCCAAGCUGAUAUGUCAUCAUCCAGAUCCCCAAUUACAAUUUCGCCAUUUGCUUGUCUCUGGUGGAUCUCAUUAAUAACAAUUACAUCAGCACUGUUACACUUGAUGAGUGUUGAGCUCUACGCAGCCAUUGCACUGUUGGAUUGAAUUGGCGUGGCAUCGGCAUCAAAGUCACGGACAAUGGUGGCCAGAGCCCCAGAUCAGAUGUCAACGAGUAAAAUGGGGGGGAUAUUAUAUGUCUUCUUUGACGGAUAAUAAUUAUUUUCUGGCCAAAUUGCUCACCCAAGUCCGACUCUCUCUCGCACUUUGAUUGAGGAUCUCAACAUUUUAUUGUUAUUACUUUUAGGAGGAAAAAUACAAAUGUAAUAAUAAGUAUAAUAGAAAAGCAUGAGAGUGUGGAAGCUACUUCAAUCUGAUAAUUUUUCACUCUGACAUGUGGGGAAAAACAACGAGGCGAUGGAAUGACGGGGCAGAAUGGAAAAUUUUGCUGUGAGAUGAAAAAUUGAGAGAUAUGAAACUGUUUCAGCAUUAAUUCUGUCUUGGGUGCUGAGCGCAUAUGAAAGAGAGGAGGCGGGGGGGACACUCUGUGAGAAUAGGCGAAAAAAAAGUGAAAAUAGAACUUAAAUUAAUGAAACAUUAUUACUAAGUAUGAGUGACUUUCGCAGAAUGUCGAGAAUUUUUCAAACUUCACAGGGUGCUUCAAGUUUGUCACUUCAGAGAGAUUUUUCUUCGCAAAAAACCAUCAAACUUUCUUCGCAUUGACGCAGAGCGGACAGAUAGAGUAUUUUUUUCCCAAAAAUUCCUUCAUUAUGCUCCUCUUCAAUUUUCCUUCUCCUUCAGACCUUCUCCAAGUCGCCCCAGACUAAGCAAAAUAUUUCUUCUGUCAAUAAGUAUUUGAUGAAAACAAAUUGACAAAUCACAGACAGAGAAAAUAUUUGACUGUCUCUCUUCGUUGAUUUAUGCAAUUCUGCACAUGAUCCGCCGACCUUUCCUUCUCUCCCUAUUUAACAAGUUCCACCUCGCUUGAAAAGAAAAGCCUAAUCGAUGAAGCACCCUCAACGCAUACAACGGUGGAAAAAAAAUGUAAGAGUUUCCGUAAUUACCAAAAAAAAAGAAAAGAAAGAAAAUAGCUACUGUGUGUACGAAUUUCAAUAAUUUCUAAGACAUAGAAAAACCAUUACGUGAAGAAAAGUUUGAUAAUAGAACAAAUGUAGUGGAAUUUCUUGAAAAAAAAAGAAGAAUCCCUCACGGGCGAGUGUAUAUAAAAUAAAUAAAAAUAUGGACUUAAGCUUGAAGAAAACUGAAAAUUGUACAUAGUGAAAUGUGUAUGUAUAGAGGGAUUUAUGAUUUUUUAUUGUGACGCUUCUUCCAUCCCUUUUCCAGUUGUGGUGGACGAGAAUAAGAGAAAAAAAAACCACCAACAAAAUUGACUCUGGUUAUAUAAAUGUGUAUAUAUUAAAUGAUUGAAUGGCUGUAUAUAGAUUGAAGAAUGGUGAAGAAGGAAAAAAAUAACAUUGGAAGAACAAACCGAGUAUUAGGAGAAAAUUGAUGGAAAAUCGACUACAAAGCAAUUGGCCAAGCUAUAGGUCACUCAACCAUUUUCCAAUUAACUUUAUUUACUUUUCAUCGAAAUGAUGGCAACAACAAUAAUGAAUAUUGGGUUUUAUUAAUAAUCUAAAGUACCUCGAGGGGACGAGGCGCGUCUCCGCCCAAACUACCAACUUUCUCACCACCCACAAGAGUAUUACAAUAUACGGUAAAUAAAUUUAUUGUUUCGACCUUUCAAACGAAAAACUGGCUCAUCCCAAAAACUAGAAACUAAUUGAACAGACCUAUUUAGGUUCAGAAUAAGUAUGAUAAAUUGAAAUCAACAUAGAUGAGAAAGGAUUAACUUGUACUGAUAGUAUGAAGUGGAUUAUGAAGUAAUAUUAAAAAUGAUAAUAAUUGUUAGAUUGAUGUUUAUUACAUGAAAUGGAAAAAAAAGAAAAGACAACAAUAAAUAUAUAUGACUUUUAUCAUAAAAA